CGAUUUGAAUAAAGCUUCGGUUUUUUUUGGUUUGGUGCUUGGUGUUAUAAUUACCGCUUCGACAAACUCUUUAAUAAAUUGGCUGCAACCGAAAGAUAAGAAAAAAGAUAGCACAGAUAGAGACGCGAAUUCAAAUAAACGUAAUGAAGAAAUAGCAGAUGGAAUAGUUGGGUUGAUUGGGAACACUCCCUUAAUGAGAAUAAAGAGUUUAAGUGAGGCAACGGGUUGUGAAAUUUUGGCAAAAGCUGAGUUUUUGAAUCCAGGUGGGAGUCCAAAGGAUCGAGUUGCACUUAAUAUUAUCAACUUUGCUGAAGAACGAGGUUUAAUACGACCAAAUUCUGGUUGCACGAUAUUCGAAGGGACAUCAGGAUCUACUGGAGUAUCUAUUGCAAUGAUAUCUCGUGCAAAAGGGUACAAUGCCUGGAUUGUUAUGCCAGAUGAUCAGGCCGAAGAGAAAUAUGUGUUAAUGGAAAAAUUAGGUGCCACUGUGGAAAAGGUGCGACCUGCAAGUAUAAUUGAUAAACAACAAUUCGUGAAUUUAGCUAAGAGUCGUGCCAAAGAGUUUGGAAAAUCAUAUAUAGACAAGCGAGGUGACGAAAAUGAGGAGUAUGAAAUAAUUAAUGGUAAUUCAGUAGAAGGAAAAGUGGGAUUCUUUGCCGAUCAAUUUGAAAAUUUGUCGAACAAUGAAGCUCAUUUUCAAGGGACGGGUCCCGAAAUAUAUAGGCAAACUGGAGGAAAGAUUGACGCUUUUGUAUCUGGAGCCGGUACUGGAGGCACAAUUGCUGGAGUUUCCCGUUACCUCAAGCCUCUCAUACCCAACCUCAAAGUAUUUCUUGUUGAUCCACCUGGCUCAGGACUGUAUAAUAAAAUAAAACACAAUGUUAUGUAUUCACCACUUGAGGCUGAAGGAACGCGACGCAGGCAUCAAGUCGAUACAGUAGUUGAGGGAGUUGGUUUAAAUCGGGCAACAGAGAACUUUAAUCUAUCAAUCGGAUUAAUUGAUGACGCAAUUCUUGUUACCGAUGAAGAAGCAGUGGCAAUGGCAAGAUAUUUGGUGAGAGAGGAAGGCCUUUUUGUUGGAAGCUCUUCAGCCGUAAAUUGUGUUGGAUGUGUGCGG